AAACAUAUCCAGAACCUAAAAAGUUUGAUAAUGAAUUUGCAAAAGAGAGGUUUAAUAGAUUAAAAAGAAAAAAACAAGCUAAAUAUAUGCAUUAUCAAAAAUUAAACCAAGGCAUUGCAGGACCUUCAACAAGAACAAGAUUUCAAACUUCUAAAGUAUCUUCAGACUUAAGAGCAAAAACAAAAGGAGGACAAAGAGAUAGACAAUGA